AUGCUGAUUUUGAUAUUCUUUUUUUGUUUAAACAAUGUGUAAGUUCGAAAAAUAUCCAGUUUGAUUUAAUUGUUUUGUUUUAUGACUACUGUACUUUUAGGGUAUUGACAACGGGGAAAAGGACACAAGUUAGUUUUUGAUUUGAUUAUUUUCAAUUUUGUUUGUUUUUUUUUAUUUAACAAAUAAUUUUUGCAAGGUUUUAUGGAUGGUUCCAUCGUGGACUUGUAUUGGAGAACAUUCAAUCCCAGUUGAGGAAAAUGGCAUGAUUCAAAACGAGAAUCAACAUUACAAAAAUGGAUCUAAAUUUGCAAUGUUCUAUAUGGAAAAAUUCGGAAAAUUUCCAUAUUUUGAAGAUUUCGAGAAAUCGAUUAACGGCGGUUUGCCGCAAAAUGGCGAUAUUUCCGAACAUUUACGACUUGCUGAGAAAGACAUUAUAGAAAUGAUACCAUCAAAAGAUUUUAAUGGAAUCGCGGUGAUCGAUUUGGAACAUUUCAGACCGAGUUGGGAAUUGAGUUGGGGAAAGUUUGGUAUUUAUAAAAAGGAAUCGAUAAAACUUGCGAGACAAAAUCAUCCAACAUUAUCGAAAGAAGAACUAACUUUGUUAGCUCGACAGGAAUACGAUACUGCAGCAAAGUACGGUAGUAGUUUAAAACUAACAGAUAUAUUUUUUGAAGUCUCAUUCUAAAAUAUUGUAUUCCCUGGAAAAGUUUAAUUGUAAGCUCAAAAUGUUUUUUUUUAAUGUAAUUCUAAUUCCAAAGAUAAAUUACCAACCUAGCGAUCAAAUACUUUUCAGAAAAUAUUUCGUCGAAACAAUCCGACUUGGAAAACGACUCCGACCAAAUGCAAAAUGGGGAUAUUAUUUGUUCCCAAAGUGCAAUGACAAUGUCGGUCAAAUUGGAGAAGUUAAGUGCAGUGAAAAAUUUAAAAUCUAUAACGAGAAUUUGAGUUGGUUAUGGAAAGAAAGUCAAGCUCUUUUCCCAUCGUUUUAUUUGCAUCCAAGAACAAGAGACACUCAUGAGUUUAAUAGAAAAAACUUCGCGGUUAGUUCUUUUUUUUAUUUGGAAUUUCCCAAAUUUCAUUCCAGGCUCUGAUCACUGAAUCCCGGAGAAUCAAGAAAAUUCACUGCCCUCAUUGUGAAAUCCACAUGUUCACAGGUUUCGAAUACGAUGCUUAUCGCAACCCAUUAGAUUUAUAUUCCAAAAAAAGUCUACGCGUAACUCUUGAAUCUGCAAUGCGAAUGAAUGUGGAUAGUGCAGUGUUUUGGAGCACAAGUAAAGAUAUGAAAAAAAGAUGUGAUAAUAUUGCGAAUUAUGUCAAUAAAUCUCUUGGUCCACACAUUCAAUUUAUCAAUAAUGAUUUGGACAAAUGUCAGAAGAAAAUCUGUAGAGGAAAGGGAGAAUGUUAUCUUCCAAAUAGUAAAGAGUCAGUUUUAUUUUUAAAAAUUGUACAUUUAUUUGCAAAAUAAUCAAUUCAGAAAUCCAACAUCAUCUGACUAUCUUUGCCGAUAUGAUCAAUGA